AUGACGGGUCUUGCGCCCGCUAAUGUGGUCAUCGUGCACCCCGAUUUGGGAAUCGGUGGUGCUGAGCGACUUAUUAUCGAUGUGGCACUAGCUCUCCAGAACCGCGGCCACCGCGUGACAAUCUACACAUCCCACCGCGACAAGAACCACUGCUUCGACGAAGCUCGCGAUGGCACCCUCGAUGUUCGCGUCCGCGGCAACACAAUAUUCCCUGCGCAUGUUUUCGGUCGACUUCACAUUUUUAUGGCCGCCUUGCGACAACUACAUCUGACCGUGUCGCUUCUGUCGGAACUAGGGUCGAGGGAUACAUUUCGCGGUACGACCUCGGAGAACAUAACCGCGGAUAAAAACGAAGAUCAAGACGACAUCUUUAUUGUUGACCAAUUGCCCGCGUGCGUCCCUUUUCUCAAAACCUUUGGCAGCCCGCAAAAGUCCCACCGCCAACGAAUCCUAUUCUACUGCCAUUUCCCAGAUCAAUUGCUUGCGCGUCGCGAUGAAGGCGGCUCCCUUCUUCGGCUAGCCAAGCAGCUAUACAGAUUGCCGUUUGAUUGGUUUGAAGGUUGGGCUUUGAGCGCGUCGGAUAGGGUUGUUGCGAACUCGAAAUUCUCGCGCGGGGUUGUGCGCCAGGUCUUUGGGGCUGACAAGUUGGGGGAUGUUGAAGUCGUUUAUCCAUGUGUCGAUACGGAUGAGAAGGCCAUUGCGCCGGAAGCAAAAUCGGCGGGGCCCCUUUGGGGUGGAAAGAAGAUCUUGCUGAGCAUCAAUCGAUUCGAGCGGAAAAAGGAUAUGGCUCUGGCGAUUCGGGCAUACAAUAGACUGGAUGCGAAGAAGAGGAUAGGAACUCGAUUGGUGAUUGCUGGCGGUUAUGACAAUCGUGUCCAAGAAAAUGUCCAAUACCACCAAGAGCUCGAUACUUUGGCAACCAGCCUCGGACUACAGACAGCAACUGCAAAGACUGUUGUCUCUGCGCUUUCUAUCCCCGAUGACAUUGAUGUCCUUUUCUUGCUUUCCGUCCCUACAAGCUUCAAAGAUACGCUACUAGUACAGUCAAAGCUGCUCCUCUAUACCCCGAUCAAUGAGCACUUUGGCAUUGUUCCCGUUGAGGCGAUGCGCGUCGGACUUCCUGUUCUGGCUUCCAAUACCGGUGGUCCACUGGAAACAAUUGUCGAGGGCGAAACGGGCUGGCUCCGGGACGCACAUGCCGUUGAUGAGUGGACUGCUGUCAUGGAUAAAGUUCUGAAUGAACUGAGCCAACAACAAAUUGAUAAGAUGGCUGCCGCUGGUAAGCUAAGAGCCGAUAGUGAAUUCUCACUCACGGCUAUGGGCGAUCGACUAGAACAGGAGAUCUCCACUAUGCUCUCAGCGGAGCGUCGUCCGUUUGAUGGGUGGACGCAGGUGUGUGUUGGGCUUGCUCUCAUCGUGGCAUUACUUGGAAAUGUCGGCUUGUUUGUGUACCACAUGACUGCUUGA